ACUCGUGAUGACAGCAGAUGACAGCUGACUGAGCUAGUGCGCUGAGGGAAAGGGGAGAUCAGGAACGGUCUGGAAUAGACAUAUCUAGCGAUUUAACUGGUCAGACACUGACAUUAUUUCACGGUUAUAGGGAUUCCAUAAAGAACUGGUAUACUAUCAACAACUUGUUUGUCUUUAGCCUCUGAGUGAGCUGGUAAAGAUGGUGAAGCCAGACAUCCACACUCUGGCCCACCACCUGAAGCAGGAGAGGCUGUAUGUGGCUUCAGAGAAGCAGCUGAUCCAACGGCUUAACGGGGACGUGCUGAAGACUGCUGAGAGGCUGUACCGUGCUGCCUGGAUCACCAAACAGCAGAGGAUCAACCUCGACCGGCUCAUUCUCACCAGUGCUGAUGCCUCCCCGGCCGAAUGCUGCCAACAUGCCAAAGUGCUGGAGGACACACAGUUCCUGGACGGCUACAAGACUCUGGGCUUUCAAGAGAGCAUCUAUGGGGAGUUCCUGGGUCGGGUGCGCGAGAACCCUCGGCUGUUGGCCUCCUGCCUGGUGGCUGGGGAGAGGCUGAACCAGGAGCACACACAGGGGGUCAUUUACACGGUCUUCACCUCCCUCUACGGUAACUGUAUCAUGCAGGAGGAUGAGCGCUACCUGCUGCAGGUCCUCCGCUACUUGGUGGAGUUUGAGCUGAAGGAGAGCGACAACCCUCGGCGGCUGCUGCGGCGGGGCACGUGUGCCUUCAGCAUCCUCUUCAAGCUCUUCUCCGAGGGGCUGUACUCGGCCAAGCUUUUCCUUACCGCCACCCUCCACGAGCCCAUCAUGCAGCUGCUGGUGGAGGACGAGGACCACCUGGAGACGGACCCCUCCAAGGUGACGGAGCGCUUCACGCCGGCCCAGCAGGAGCGCCUGUUUGGGGAGAAGGGCUCGGAGGGCUACAGGCAGAAGGUGGCAGCUGCCGUGGAAGCCAACGAGGCCAAGCUGGUGACCCUGGUCAACAAGUUCAUUGGCUACCUGAAGCAGAACACCUACUGCUUCCCCCACAACCUGCGCUGGAUAGUGUCUCAGAUGUACAAGACGCUAUCGUGCGUGGAACGGCUUGAGGUGGGUGAGGUGCGGACCAUGUGCACGGACCUGCUGCUCACCUGCUUCAUCUGUCCAGCCAUAGUCAACCCUGAGCAGUACGGCAUCAUCUCAGACGCCCCUAUCAACGAGGUGGCUCGCUUCAACCUCAUGCAGGUAGGGCAGCUUCUUCAGCAGUUGGCAAUGGCUGACGAUGAUGGAGACCCCCGGAGGAAAAACAGUUUGGCCAAGUUCGAUAAGAGCUGUGUAGCUGCCUUCUUGGAUGUGGUAAUCGGAGGGAGAGCUGUGGAGACACCGCCCAUGUCCUCCAUGAACCUACUAGAAGGACUCAGCAGGACUGUGGCGUACAUGACACACAGUCAGCUCCUCUGCCUGGUGGACUUUGUACGGAGUGUGAUGGCAGGGGACCACCUCCGGGAGGAGGAGCACAUGCUCCUGGAGACCAUGCUGGCCAACGUUCCCCAGUCCCGCACGGUGAAGAGCAACAGUCUGGAGCUCACUCCCUCCAACACCCCCCAGCUCUCCCCAGCCACCACCCCCGCCAACAAAAAAAACAGGAACAUAGGACAACAGUUAGCAACUUCCUGGGACUCCACAACCACCACCCUGUCUGCUCACAUUCCAUUAGUUACCCCUUUUGGUUGGGAGCAGCUAACGGGUUGGGAGCAACUAACAGCAGCCUCCCGCAGUCGUAGCCGUUCCGAGCUAGCCCAGCAGGGGGAGGCAGAGGCUAGCUCUCUGGAGUCCCUGCAGGAGGUUAUGCCAGAGGAGGUGCUGGUGAUCUCAUUAGGAAGCAGCCCGCAGACCAUCCCUGGGAUGAUGUCAGAGAAUGAGGUGUUGACCAUGCAGCUGACUGAUGGGUCACAAGGGGACACUCCUGCAGAUGACACCAAGCACCAUGGCAAGCCAGACAAAACCCUACGCUUCUCCCUCUGCAGUGACAACCUGGAGGGCAUCUCAGAGGGUCCAUCAAACCGGUCUAACUCCGUGUCGUCUCUGGACCUGGAGGGAGAGUCUGUGUCUGAGCUGGGAGCUGGGCCAUCAGGGAGCAAUGGGGUGGAGGCUCUACAACUGCUGGAGCAUGAACAUGCCACCACUCAGGACAACCUGGAUGACAAACUGCGUAAGUUUGAGAUCCGUGACAUGAUGGGCCUGACAGAUGACCGGGACAUCUCUGAGACAGUGAGUGAGACCUGGAGCACAGACGUGUUGGGCAGCGACUUUGACCCCAACAUGGAUGAGGAUCGACUGCAGGAAAUAGCUGGGGCGACUGUUGAGAACAUGCUGGGCAGCCUGCUGUGCCUACCAGGCUCCAGCUCAGUGCUGCUAGACCCUUAUGGAUCCACCAUCUCAGAGACCACCAGCGAGGCCUGGAGUGUGGAGGUCCUGCCCAGCGACUCAGAAGCCCCAGAUCUGAAGCAGGAAGAGCGUCUACAGGAGUUGGAGAGCUGCUCAGGGCUGGGCAGCACCUCCGAUGACACAGAGGUCAGAGAGGUCAGCUCCCGGCCCAGCACCCCAGGGCUCAGCGUCAUCUCAGCGACAUCAGAAGACAGAGGCAAGACGGAGGACCUGCGGUCGGAGUGCAGCUCCGACUUUGGGGGGAAGGACUCUGUGACCAGUCCAGAUGGGGAGGAGUCGUCCCACGGAGCACACCACAGUUUGGCUUCUCCGGCCUCGCAGGCAGACUCCUUACUGGCCAUGUUCGAUCCCCUAUCCUCCGGGGAAGGUUUCUCUACUGGUACCAUCGUGAGGCCCAAAGUGCACUACGCCAGGCCCCUUCAUCCUCCCCCUGACCCUCCCAUCCCAGAGACCUGUGCCCUGGGCCAGGAGCCCCGCUACUCCCUGUUCACGCCCCACUGCCUGGCCCAAGCCGAGCUGGAGCACACCAAGCAGCGCCACUCCUACCCAGACAGGCUGGUACGCAGUCGCAGCUCUGACAUUGUCUGCCAAGGCCGCCGGCCUACCAGCGACCCGGGCCUCAACCGCAGAGCGGCAGCUGAGGAGCGGGAUCCUGCCGGGCACUUCUCCAUGGGGCCAUCCUCGUCCCCCAGCAAGGAUUCCCUAAAAGGAGAGGUUGAGGAGAGAAAGGACAGUGAUGAGGAAAAGUCUGAUCGCAACAGACCAUGGUGGAAGAAACGCUUUCAGUCAGCUAUUCCCAAAGUGCUGUAUUGGACGGCUGAGAGUGAAGUCCCAGCUCCGAUAGCCUUCCGGAAAAGGGACAGGCAGGAGAAAGACGAUGUGGGCCAUGAACGCGUCCCACAAGAUGACACUCUGUCCAGGAACUCCCAGGCCCAGGCAGCAGAAGACAUCCUGGAUAAAUACAGGAACAUCAAGAGGACCAGCCCUAGUGAAGGAGCCACCGCUGCAGCCUAUGACACCACAGGAGAGCUGUGUGGAGAGGAGGGUUUACACGACGAAGCUCUGCAGAACAUGUCCACAGACGACCUGCCAGACUCAGCCAGCCAGACAGCCCAGCAACACGACUCCAGCAAGUUCUCAUUCAGUGAUGCAAAGAAGAAGUUGAGACUGGCCUUGUGUUCAGCAGACUCUGUGGCUUUCCCCCUCAUGGCUCCUGCCACCACACGCAAUGGGCUGCCAGACCACACGGACUCUGAAGACAAUGAGAUCGUGUGCUUCCUGAAGGUCCAGCUGGCGGAGGCCAUCAACCUGCAGGAUAAGAACCAGAUGGCCCAGAUCCAGGAGACCACUCGCUGCGUCAGCCGCUUCGACGCACGUACCUGCAGGAAGCUGCUGGCAGCCAUCGCCGAGGAUUACAGGAAGCGGGCGCCCUACAUAGCGUAUCUGACGCGGUGUCGACAAGGCCUGCAGACGUCCCAGGCCCACCUGGAGCGGCUGCUGCAACGGGUGCUGAGGGACAAGGAGGUGGCUAACCGUUACUUCACCACAGUCUGUGUUCGCCUCCUACUGGAACACAUGGAGGCGAAGUCCCUGGACUUCAUCAAAGCCUUCCAGGGGUGCACAGCGUCAGACGACAAGACGGCGGCGGUGGAGGACUUCCUGCGCUACCUGUACGGGGCCAUGGCACAUGAUGCCAUCUGGCAGUACGCCAGCGAGGACCAGCUGCAGGAUGCCCAGAUGGCCAUAGAGCGCAGCGUCAUGAACCGCAUCUUCAAGCUGGCCUUCUACCCCAACCAGGACGGGGACAUCCUGAGAGACCAGCUUCUACAGGAACACAUAGCGCGUCUCUCAAAGGUGGUGACGGCAAAUCACAAAGCUCUUCAAAUCCCAGAGGUGUAUGCGAGGGAGGCUCCCUGGCCAUCUGCCCAGUCAGAGAUCCGGACCAUCAGUGCCUACAAGACUCCUCGGGACAAAGUGCAGUGUAUCCUGCGCAUGUGUUCCACCAUCAUGAACCUCCUGAGUCUGGCCAACGAGGACUCUGUCCCCGGAGCUGACGACUUCGUCCCUGUGCUUGUCUUUGUCCUGAUAAAGGCAAACCCGCCCUGCCUGCUGUCCACUAUUCAGUACAUCAAUAAUUUCUACGCCAGCCGGCUGAGUGGGGAGGAGUGCUAUUGGUGGAUGCAGUUCACCGCGGCAGUGGAAUUCAUUAAGACCAUCGAUGAUCGCAAGUGAAGCAGAACCGCCACCUGUAUGGGGAAGUAGAUGGGAGACUGGGAGACUUCCCAACCAACCCUCUCCCUCUGCUCCCCAGGACCCAGACCCACACCCUGUCUGUAUAGCUGUACAUAGUCAGAGACUUUGAGAGAUUUAAAAAGUAUAUAUGAUUACUAAGUGGACAAAAUCCAGGUUUUAUCAUGGAGAAAAAGUCCUUGGAAAAAAUGGCAGAUGUUAGCUUUGAAUUUAAACUAAUUAGCAUUUUUCAUUUAAUCUCUUGUCUCUAGUCAUGGUGAGGUGUGGGGGUCUAUAUCUUGAAUGUUAUAUCUAAAGUUACGAUUCUGACGUUAAAUUGACUGAUGAAAGUGUCUAACCAGAUGAAAAGGGACCAUGUUUCCUAGAGAUGAUCUCAGAUAUAUCUUGUGGAAGGGGGACUACCUGAAGGUGAGCGAGAGAGAAAGGUUGUUAAAUUGUGCAAUCUUUCCCCUUAAAUACUCUUCAUCCUAAUGCUCUUCAAGAUGCAUCGUAUCCUGGGGAAUCACAUAACUCAAUAGAUACUGACUGAGUAUUAGUGACUCAAGUAAAUUAUCAAAUCAACCCAAAAUAAUCCUGCUAAUAUUAGUAUAUAUUUUUUUGACAUUAGCACAUCAAUAAUAGGACAGUUUUGUUUCAUAAAAUGUAAACAGAUGUAUUCAUUAUUCGGUUCAUCCUUUCCUAAAUACUUUCCGUGGCAAUUUGGACAGAAGGGCCCACAUAUUUAUAUAUAAAAUGUAUUUAUUUCUUUCAUUCUAUUUAAUGGAAUUGUAUUUUAUUUCUAUAAAUGAAAUCACACAUCAUGCCUAUUUAGGAGAUUUAAGGCAGCUGUAAGGGUUGAGAUAUUUUAAUAUUGUUAGGAGGGCAAGCACAGCAUUGUCCUCAGAUUGAGAAGCCCCCAGGAUAAGUUGUUGGCUGUUUGCUACAGUUUAUAGACAGGGUCACCACUGAUCAGCUUCUGCACAAUAUCAGUAGUGCUGGUAUUUUUAGAAAUACUGAAAUGUGCCUUGAGGAGGGCCACUUUGUGUAAGUCUGUUUUAAAACAACAAAAAAACAUGUUUUCUUGAAAGUGAGGGUUCUGCUUUUGGUUUUCCAUAAAGGAUAGGCAUUACUUCCCAUACCAUUAUCACAGGGGUGGGCAACAUACAGCCCGGCCUGCGAGCCCUAUUCAGUCUGGCCCCGCGGGAGGUUUGAGUAAUAAAAAAAUAUAUAUUUUGGGGAAAUUAUUAUUAUUAUUGGGUUAAAAAAUAAUCCAGGCCACUCUUGAACAUCUAAAAGAAGAUCAAGUAUGUAAAAAUUCAAAUGUUAUAAUGACCUAUAUGUUUUCAAUUAACUGCCAGCGAAUUACUUUUGACGAACAAAUCGGUCCGGUAAAAAAAAAAUCUGUGUGCCUCUCCACUGAAUUUUGAAAAGCCUUCAAGCCUAAAUGAAUGCCCACCCCUGCAUUAUCACCUUUGAUCCCACAGCCGGUCUCUCUGAGAAACCUCUUUCCAACCUUAGUGCUGGGAGUGGAACACCACUGGUUGUUUCGGUUCAUUCCCUUUGCACUCAUCCCCUUUCCGUUUUCCCCUUCAAUAUUUAAUAUCCUACCUCAAAGUUAGAACCAAUGAGCCUGACGUUUCUGUUUGUGCACAAUACUCUUUAAUAUUGGUUCGAUAUGAAGAGUAAUGGAACAGGUAUUCACUGUUUAGCAUCAGCUUCCUCUAUUGACACUGAUGACUGCUCUCUUGCAAUUACAUGGUAUAACAAGGCAGUAAAGCAUUUCCAAAUGAACAAGUUGACUAUUUCUGUAGUUGAAGCUGUUAUAAUGCAUGCAUGUUUCAGCAUAGAAAGACUAGUGAUUGGAUUAGCUCUUUACCUCCUCACACGAUCAAGAAAGGGACUCUUAAAUGUAUAUGCGCUCUUGUAUUAUUUGAUUUCUUCUUUCAUUUUAGAGUGCAGAGAUAUUCCAGUUUCAUUUUCUUUCAUUUACAGGCAUGUUUCUAAUCACUUACAGCCAAAGGCACCGAAACUCAUAAAAUCAUCUGUUUGUUGCAGCUACAAAAAUCAGGAACACUGCCUCCUCUGUUUGUGCAACUUUGCAUUGUGCCAAGGUUAUGUCUUAUUUUCUCUUUUAAAUCACUACUUUCAAACAGUAUCCCAUUUAAUAGACAGCACAACAAAAAGAGCAAAUAAUCAGAACACUAUCUGAUAUGUUACUGACCAUUUGAAAAAGGCCGUGUGGGAUAAGGUGGGCUAUGUUGCGUGGGAGGUUUGUACAGUGAAUGUGUGAUAUGUUGGUUUGUUAAGUGUUUUUUUGAGAGGUCCACCCUCUUCCUCCUCUUUCACAAUGUCAGGACGAUCUCCUUACUGUAGCUACAGUACUCCUCGAUGAGCAGUAAAUCCUUGUUGGUGAAAAACCUCAAAUAUUUCUAGAGUUAAUUUCGAACUCAGACCAGUUCUGAAAGGGUUGUGAAGAAUGAGGCUGGGUUUUCUUUUGUCUGUCUCACUGAUGUAAUUUCUUUUUCAAUGUUCGGAGCUUAAUUACUCUGUAUUUUUUUGUACAAAGUAAGCGAAGCUUGCUCUGUACAUUUGACAUACAGUACUUCACAUGUUUUCUACUCUGCUCUUUAGUAAUGAGUCACACUCGUUUGAACUAAAGCCUCUGACAUUACAAAUGAUACUGUAACAGAGAUUUAUAUGGGUAGCUUAGCUAGGUCUGACUGUUACACUUUAUCCAAUAACAUCAGUCAAGGACACACAUUUAUAAGCAAUCUCAAGUUGUGAUAUUAGUGUUGUCUCCACAUUUCCUGACUUAUGUUCCUGUUUUUUGAGUAAUGUGUGUACAGCAUCUAAUGGUUUUUAAAUACACCUGUGCAAAAUAGAUUAUACUGCUGUUUAACCUGUUUGAAAACAUACCCAUGUACUGAUUGGUCACAAAAUGUAGAUAGACUGUAACCAGAAGUGUUUAUGUGAUGUCACUUUAGAAGUAUGUACAGUACAGACCAAUGUGAUCAAACAAUCUGGACCUGGCUUGUGUAUUAAUGUUGCCUUCUACAUAUCAGUGAACAAAGAUACUUUUCAAUAGCUAGAAAACUACAACCAGCCUUUGUGUCUGACCUGAUUCAUACUGUUCAUACAGUGACAGAAUACCUCACAUUGUGAAGUUAAAGUACAAAUACACAUCCUAACAUUGAGAAUAAUUAUGUACUAUAGCCUGAGUUUAGCAUGGAUUGUAUGCAAACAAGUGGACAGUUGCCAGAAUGGUGGACUAAAAGAGACUUGACUAUGGAAAUCUGGUCUUCAAAGCUUUACAAUCCUCUCUGUGCUCUAGUCCCUGUACAGAGUAGGCAGAACAAGCAGAAAAUAAUCCAUUUUACAUUUGUAAGCUUGCACAAUUAUGACAUAUGCGAAGGGGAAGGCGUUUGUCUUUAAGGUGAUUUCAUGUAUCAUAUAAUUCUUUAAAACAAUAAAAAUGCAUUUUUCUGUA